AUGACGUCACAUCCCACACGUCGUGUUGCAAUAUGGACACACCAAAGAACUACAUCAACAGCUCUUCUACAAUGUUUUGCAGGUCGUGAAAAUAUUAAAACGUUUAUGGAACCUUAUGCAGUUCCAUUCAUAGAAGAAUGGAAACAUUGCUUGGAAGAUAAUCCAACAUAUGUCAAUAGUCGUUACAAGGAAGUAAAAACCAUGUUAGAGUCCGACUACCCUGGCAGUACGUUGAUUGUGUUUAAAGAUAUGGCUGAUUUUAUAGUUGGGAGAUACGACAAAAUCCCGGAAGGAUACACCCAUACGUUUUUGAUUCGUGAACCAACACAAAGUAUUUCAAGUUUCUGGAGAGCAACAAUAAAUACAGGACGAACAUCAUUUCCACGUAGAUACUCAUACGGUAGCAUCAAACCAGUAUUAGAUUUGUACGAUUAUUUCGCUAAACAAAACCAACCUUGUAUAAUUAUUGACGCUCACGAUCUGUCUCAUUUCCCUGAGAUAGUACUGAAACAGUUCUGUCAAAAGAUUGGUGUAACAUUCAGCGACGAUAUGCUGAGAUGGAAAUCGCAAAACAUCGGUGAUUGGGAUCCAUUCUUGAAAUAUCGCAAAGAAUGCAAUAUUUGGUUUGGCAGUGCACUUGAAAGUACCAGUUUCCAUCCACUACCUACCAAAGACACUCCGAUUGAUUUGUCUGUAAUACCAGAAAAAUACAUCUCUGCAUUAGAGGAAUCAAAGCCAAUCUAUGACGUAUUGUUUGCAAAACGCAUAAAGCCAUUUUAG